AUUUUUCUUUGUGAAAUACUUAUAACUCUCCCCUUCCCAAAAAUUUUUUAAUUAAUGAGAUUAUUUUCUUUUUAAAGGGAGGAAAGAAUUUCACUUUUAUUAGGUGCAUAUUUAUCAAUUCAGGUUCAAUGUUUAAAGACCGUAGAACAAUACCUUAUAUUGAUACAUCUGGAUGGAAAUUUGAAAAUGGCAUUCAAACAAAUCCUACCAAAGUUUAUAAUGAAAUAGUUCAACAGAAAAAAAACGCAUUUUUAGACAUGAACCAAUCUUUGGAAGAAGAAACAGAAACACAAACUGAAAGCAUUGAUCAGAUUCAAAUUACAGGAGAGAAUUUCGAGUCAGAUGUUCCCAAAACAAUUCCAGAUGACAAAAACAAGUUGGUUGAACUCAAAUUGGAGACAAAAGAAUGCGAGAAGUUAAUAAGUUUAAGGGAACCUGAAGCAAUACCUAACCCAUAUUUGGUUUUGUUGAAUAGACUGGAUGAGGAAGAAGGGGUCAGAGCUCCAUCAAUUGAAGAUAAAUUGAAAGUGACUGAAGAUCGAUUAUGGUUAUCAACUCGAGAGUUUUGUUCUACCUGUGAGCAAUUAAUAGGGCUUGAAGAACAAGAUAAUUCAAAAACUUAUGAAUAUUUGCAACCAAAGGCAGUUCAAGAAGCUUUGCGCCCAAAGGUUUUCGAGCCUAGUUUAAGACCACCGCAAACUCUUCAUGUUUCAGAAUUUAAAAAGGAAGUUAUUCACGAAGAAGACAAAGGCACUUUUCAUCCAGGAAAUGUAAAAAAACCAAAGGUAAGAAAAAAGAAAUAUUUAAAGCAAGAUUUUUACUCUCCUCCUGAUACAUGGUUUGAUCUUGGGAAGCAUGAUAAACAAAUAACUCAAGAGGAAUUGGAGUUAUUGAACUCUACUGCAACUAAAGCUUUCUUGAAGUUUUUGAAGGAUCGUAAAAAAGAGCCACCAAAAAUAAUACAAGAUAUAAAAAAGAAAGUUAUAGACAUGAAGAGUGAAAAUUAAAAUGUUCAGCACAGGAUGACUUGCAUUUAAAUGCUAUUUUGGUAUUGAAAAGUUAUAGAUACUUUUAAGUUUGUAUUGUUACCAACAUCUAUCUUAUCAUUACCAGUUGAUAAAAUACGAAUAAAAAAUCUGAUAAAUUA